UAGUCCACGAAGCUUAUAAUCAGCGCUUAUAAGUUUCUGUGUGUCUUCGCCUCCACCAAGCUAGGGUUUCAUUAUAUCAUCGGCGCCUCUUCUCCAAAGCUCUAGAUUUUCGGAGAGACGAAAGAUGGGUCACUCUAACAUCUGGAACUCGCAUCCCAAGAGCUACGGCCCUGGCUCACGCACUUGCCGGGUUUGCGGAAACCCGCAUGGAAUUAUUCGCAAGUAUGGUCUCAUGUGUUGCAGGCAGUGCUUCCGCAGCAACGCCAAGGAGAUUGGCUUCAUCAAGGUCGCUUUUUUACCUAUUUUCCCCCCGUUUUUUUGGUUUAGUAUUAAGUUUCUGAAAUUAAUAUUCAGCUUUCAUUAUUUUUUUUUUAUUUCUUGUUGAUUCCAUUGUUAAUAUGUUAUAUCCGUGUCUUAUGGUUUCUUAAUGCCGAGAUUUUGCAAUUGGUUUAUCGAUUUUCGGUUUGAGCGUCUCCUGUUUUAAAGUUAUAUUACGUUCGUAGAUUUUGAUUUGAAUAGGUUGUUUAGAUUUGUGGAUUUAAGAGAUGGUCAUUCUAUGACGAUUGUCAAUAUUCGACUAAGAAAGAGUCUUUGGGUAGCUGUUUGCUCCUCUAAUAUCAUGCGUCUUUGCUUCUAAUCAUUUGCUCAUAUCCACAUAUUUAAUUUUUGGUGGUGAAAGUUUGCCCAUCUACCUAAAAUUGAUUGAAGUUGUAGCGUUUUCACAUAACACUUAACAUCAUAAUUUGAUUAACAUGCCGAAGUUUGUCAAUGCUGAUGCAUGUUUUCAUGAUAUUAGUUUAUAUUUCAGGUGUUAUGGUAUUGUAAUUGCUCAGGUUUCCUGUAUAUAUUGUUGGAGAUAGUGGCAUGCUACUUAUUGGUUAAGCUUUCAUUUGUCUAAAUGUUGCUGUUACAACUAUACUAUCGUAGUGAUACGUAGUUUAACUAAUAUAAACUUAGUGCUCGUUUGGUUCAAGUAGAUGAAUGGAAAGGGAAUGAAAUCAAAUAAAGGACUGGAAUAGUGACAAUAACCAUUAUUUUUAUUGAGUGUUUGGUUUAACAAUGGAAAGCAAUCAUUAAUAAGGGAUUCCCUUUCUUUUGUUUCCCCUUUCUUUUGAGGGGUAACAAAUUGGGUGAUUGGGUUAUCCUCAAGUAAGGGUAAUGAUUAUCUCAUUACUCAAACCAAACAAUAAGUAAUGGAUUCAAUUACUUGAUUUCCUUUCCAAUCUCUAAAAACACCCAACACAACGUGGGCUUAAGAGUGUUUCUAACUGUGUUGUGUUGUAAGUCGCAUAUAUGUGGUAUGAUACGUGCCAACACUGACACACUUUCUCCUUAUGCAGUACCGUUGAUGAUGCAUGGAUGUUGAGAGGGCUUGAAGCGAAAUUGGAUGAAUUAGGAACUUGUUUGUUUAAGAUAAACAUGGAUUCUUCAAAUUUUGGUUUUUGCUAUAGUUGAAUUUCUUGCAGACUAUUCUGUUGCUAUGUUAACGAUAACUUAUCACUUUUUAUAGGACGUGCAGUCUUUAUCUUUA